GUAAUUAGAGAUCUUAGUGCGUUAUGUUACCCGGGUAAUACGACCGAAAAUAUAAUCGAUGAUUAAAUUCUACGAGAAUGAUCGAGAAUUGAGUUUUUAUUCUUUUUUAAAAAUAUUCAAGUUAUUUUCAAUAAUUUCAACAAACUAUGAUUGUUAAUGCGGACGGGAAAAUUUCAUUGUAUUCCUGGAGAUUAUAGCUUUUUGAACUUCCAAUACCGAAAUUUUGAUACUACCGAUAAUCGGGCAAGCCGCGAUCAAUUUGCUCACAAAAAGUAACUCACUUUUAAGAGUACUUAAUGGUACCAUUUCCGUCGAUAAAGACUCGGUCGGUAAUGUCGGGGUUCUGCAGAUGGCAGCAGCGCGUGGGCGGUCGAACGCUGCGGGCAGGGUACGGCGUCGAGCGGUGGCGCCGCUCGCGCCGCCGCUGGUCAGCAGUCAGUCCGAAAGGGGCAGCCGCGGUGAGAGGUUCUUCGCGUCCAGUAGCGCGAGCGCGAGCCAGCUGGUGACGAGACGAGGAGUCCCUCGCGGAGCAAUGUCGCGAAAGGAGCGACCGGACUGAGCAGCGCGCAGAGAGUCGGGCCGGAGCGCCGACGAGACGUCGAUCAUGGCUUCGGUCAAGGUGGCCGUCAGGGUCAGGCCCUUUAACAAGAGGGAGCUGGCCAUGAACGCGAAACCGAUCGUGCAGAUGGACGGCAAGAAGACUCGCAUUUUCAAUGGCAAGCCUCUCGGUAACUGCAGGGACGUCGAGAAGGAGAAGUACAAGGACUUCACCUUCGACCACUCCUACUGGUCCUUCGACCCUGCGGACGACAAUUACGCUUCUCAGGAAGAGGUAUUCUAUGACCUGGGUACCGAGGUGAUCGAAAGUGCCUUCGAGGGCUAUAAUGCCUGCGUCUUCGCGUACGGACAGACGGGAUCCGGGAAGACAUUCACCAUGAUGGGGUCUCCGGAGGCUCAAGGACUGAUACCCCGGAUCUGCAAGACCCUGUUCGCGCGAAUGGCCGCGGGCAAGGAGAGCGGAGCGUCCUAUAGAACGGAAGUGUCCUUCCUGGAGAUACACAACGAGAGGGUGCGCGAUCUGCUCAGGCCAGACCAGAGUGCGAUGCACUCUCUCAGGGUAAGGGAGCAUCCCAAACGGGGACCCUACGUCCAGGACCUGUCGAGCCACCUGGUCUACGAUUAUUCGGACAUCCAGGAGUGCAUGGUGAGAGGCAACAUCCACAGGACCACGGCCAGCACGAACAUGAACGACGUGAGCAGUAGGAGCCACGCGAUAUUUACAAUCACGUUCGUGCAGGCGGGCUUCUCCGAAGGAAACAUGCCCUCGGAGACGGUCUCGAAGGUGCAUCUCGUCGACUUGGCCGGAAGCGAGCGGGCCAACGCGACCGGAGCCACGGGCCAGCGGCUGAAAGAAGGUGCGCACAUUAACAAGUCCCUCGUGACUUUAGGUUCUGUGAUAUCGGCCCUGGCCGAGCUUAGCUCGGCCGACUCGAAUUGUUCGAAGCGCAACGUCUUCAUACCUUACCGGGACAGCGUGCUCACGUGGCUCCUCAAGGAUUCCCUGGGUGGCAACUCGAAGACCAUCAUGAUCGCCGCGAUCAGCCCGGCCGACUGUAACUACGGCGAGACCCUGAGUACCCUAAGGUACGCCAACAGGGCCAAGAACAUCAUCAAUAAGCCGACCAUCAACGAGGACCCCAACGUCAAGUUGAUUAGAGAGCUCAGGGAGGAGAUCUUGAAACUGAAGUCCUUGAUCGGCAAGGAAGUAAGUGUCGAGAGGCCGCCACCGCAGCUGCUGCUAGCACAGAUUCACGAGAAGCAGGAGCAAGAGAAGGUGCUCACGGAGGAGUGGACGGAGAAAUGGAGGGAGACGCAGCAGAUCCUCCAAGAGCAGCGGGCUCUCGGUCUGAGGAAAAGCGGCGUCGGCGUGGUUCUCGACUCCGAGAUGCCGCACCUCGUCGGUAUCGAUGACGACCUCCUCAGCACCGGCGUCACUCUCUAUCACCUGAAAGAGGGGAAGACGCUGGUGGGCACCGAGGAGGCACCGACCACUCAGGACAUCGUGCUAACGGGUCCGGACGUGGAGCCGGAGCACUGCGUCGUGGAGCUCGAGGAGGGAGUAGCGACUCUGCAUCCGCUUUCGGCUCACUGUUGGAUCAACACUGCUCAAGUUGACAAGCCCACUCGACUCUCCCAGGGAUGCAUUAUCCUGCUCGGCAGGAACAACAUGUUCCGCUACAACGACCCUGUAGAGGCGGCCAAGCUCCGCAAGGAGGGCGGCAUCGGAAAUGGGAAUCUUCAGUCGACCGUGGUUAACCUCUCGCGGCUCUCUCUGCUGAGCUGGAGCGUUUCCGACUUACGAGUGUCCACGUCCAGUGACAACCUCCUCAACUCGAGUGAGGACCUCGGAGCGCUGGAGGAGCUGGAACAGCAGAAAGCCGCGCUCGUUAAGGAGAAAGAGGACUUUAAGAGGGAGCAGGAGGAGCGCGAGGAGAGAUGGGCCGCCCGGAGAGAAGCAUUGGAGGGUGCUCAGAGGGAGCUGGAGCGCGAGUGGGGCGCCCAGUGGCGCGAGUGGGCCGAAGCCAUCGCCACCCUGGAGUCGCGUCAGCGCGAGCUACGUGCCCGGCGCCGCCUCCUCGAACAGGAGCGCCGCGACGAGAUGACCCAAGUAGAAAGUUUGUGUAGGGAAGUCGCCUCGCUGCGCACCACCCUCCAAUCGAAGCAGCGUCAGUUCCAAGAGUUGGCCAGCUCCCGGGACCGGCCACGGGAUCACCACCUGUGGGACAAGACUGAUGACGGUACCGGCAGCGAUGGCAGUUUGCCUGAAUCCUGGUCCGGUUUGGGUGAUGAGAGGUCCCUGCGAGCCAUGAGGGAACUCGUCAAUCGGCACAAGAAAGAGCUCGCUGCGCUGGAAGCUGAGCUGCGGAACAAGGUGAAGUUCUUGAACGACCACCAGUCCAAGGUCGACGAGAUCGAAAAGGAGCUGACGGAGGUGGCGGACAAGCAGCGAGAGAUCUUCAACCUGAACCUGGACCCUGACAUAGCCAAAGACAAGAAGUUGAUGCUGGCGAAGCGCACGCAGGAGCAGAUACAAGAGAUAUCGAAGAGGAAGCGAAGUCUCUCCCUGAACUUGAAGCGAGCCUUGCCAGCUUCUCCAGGGGGGCGGUCGUCGAGUAGCGGAGACACGGUGUCCAGCCGGGACCUGAAGUCCUUCCAGGACGCGUGCAAUCGGAAGCUGAAGAUCGCCUCCGCCCUGAGUUUGCUCUGCGACUACGAGGCGACCAGUUCCGCCGACACGGCCGAGACCUCCUUCCACACGGCCAAGGAGGACUCUCUGGAGUCGCGGCUACCAUUUCUGGAUGCCCAGGAUCACCUGGAUCUAUCGCCCUUUCCUGAAAACGAGCGACUCGAUUCACAAGAUGUCGGGAGAGAUUCCGACCUGGAAGACGUAACGAGAAACACAGGGUCGACCGGGAGGAAACCUGCGGACGAGGAGUCCCUGAGGAGCAACGAGGCUAGGCUUGAGGAGAGGUCCUCGGGAAUAGGCACCGGUGACAAGGAUUGUCUCGAGGACGUCGCAGACGAAGCCUUCCUCGACCUCGAGCGACUGCGCGAGCUGUCUUCCAGGGAGGAGUUCUCAUCUCGGCGCAACGAAGCGAUGAGGGGACUCGAUCGACGCGUCGCGCGACAGAGGAUGCUCGUCAUGAAGUGCCUCGAGGCCAGCACGCCCUCCAGGGACGACCUGGACCGCCAGAUAUCCGCUCUGCAGGAGCUGCAGCGACAGCAGAUCGAGCUGGAGGUCUUUCUUCUGGAGGAAGAACGUCGUGAGCGGAGAGAGCUCACUGCAGACCGUGACCUACUCAACUUGGAGUCGCAUCCGGUUGUCGAGGCGAUUGCCGAGGUUGCUUCCAAGGUCGACGUCGAGCCCGAGUCCGUCAUCGAAUCGUUGACACCAAUUUCCAAUUCGCGACCCAAGUCAGGGACUUUAUCCGAUGCGCCACCAGUCGAAGCAUCGCAACGGAGCUUCUCUCCUAUCCGGGGGUUCUCUUCGGUCUACCUCACCAGCCAGCAUCGCGGCGAUCGCCUGAGCAGUCCUUACUCCCUGACGAUCACCAGGUCGCUGCCUUCGCUGGUAGGCACCGAGGGCGACGACUGCGACAGCAUCGUUAAUGCAAUCGUCAGCGUACCGUCGUACGUCGUCCGAGGAGCUGGGACCUCCAGCCAUUAUGAAUACGAGGUGCGUGUCGUCACACAGGACGAUAGCUGGACCUUGCUGAGACGCUAUAGGCGGUUCCGGGAGCUCUACAGCUCGAUGCGGCAGAAGUACGGCAGCAAGGUGACGGAGAUACGGUUCCCGCCGAGGCAGGUCUUUCCCAGGUACGAGGUGGUUGCUCGACAUCGUAGGAAACGACUUGAGGAGUAUCUUCGUCGGCUGAUCCGCAUUUGCUCGGAGUUGCCGAACUGCGAGCCGCUUUACAAGUACCACGGCAACCUGAGUAAUCUCGAUAAGCAGUCUCUUCUAGAGUUUAGCUCAUUUUUCAGACGCGGGACCUUCGAGAGCAGUAAGUACGGCACUAGUUAAAAGCUGCGCCUCGAGAUCUCGAUACAGUUCUGAACCCUUCGAAAACGUCGAGCAAGUCGAGGGCGAAACGACAUCCGGAGAAAGGUUCUUGUUAACGAGAGUACUUAUUAAUUAUAUCUGUAUAAACGAAGCGACGCAAUCGAACGACAUUUUUUCGCGUCAGAGUCGCUAGUGACGUUAAGAUGUCGUUUGCUCAUAUUAAAAGCUUGCUUGAGAAGCUCUCUUGACGAUUCCGCGUCGAGGUUCUAUCUUAAAAAGAGCCGCGAAUUGACGGACGACCUAGUGGAUUCGUUAAAAUUCCGGACGUUACGUUGAUUGAAUUUAUAACGGAGGUAUAAAAGAAAAGGGAACGUUCGUUACUGGAUGCGGCAGCCGAAUUACGUAGGAAGAGUCGAUGGUAAUCGAAUAUGUCCUUUGCAAUGCCGCGAUAUAUAUAUAUAUUUUUUUUUCCGUUGAUCUGCAGUACCAAUCAGGGACCUCGACGGUUAUUCCAAAUGUGUAAAAGUAUUACGGCUACUAAGUUAUUCUGCACGGAACCGUAUAUCGUUAUUAAAGUUCUUCCUCGUAGAGAUAAAAAUAGGCUGGUAGUUUUCCGCAAUGGCAUCGAAGGCAACGUUUGGGGUUCCAGGGUUGAAUCUUGUCAAUGCACGUUACGUUCUGCCGUUGCGACUUCCAGACGUUGUUUAACGAAGAUAGACCUAUUGUCUGAAACGAAGUGUUAUAUUCUCGCGCUUUUAGCGAACCGAAAGUCGUACCUAAUAUCUAUAAAACCGACCUUGAUAGAUCUGAAACCCGAUGUCACGGUGCGUUAACGGGCGCUUACUGAUUGAUAACUGUACAUUCCGAGGUGUGAUUCCUCUCAACACGUAUCAGCUGUAAAAAGGU